UUAGAAGGAUCAGGGCCACCGCGCAUGUGCGGGGCAGGUUCGGAAGCGCGCGCGUUGGCCGUUAGUCGGUGGCCGGGGAUGAGGGAGACAUGAACGCUGUGCCGGAGAACAGCGAGCCCCAGAUGGCGACCGAGGCACAGCGGGUCCUGCACUCCUUGGUGCGGGACUUCCCGGCCCCUUUAGGCCCCGGCAACUCGUUACCCGUGCGGCUGCAGAGCGCGGCGUUGAGCUGGGAGGAGGUGGAGGGAGAGAGCGUCGACAUGGGGCUGAAGCUGCUGCGGGACAGGAACAUGUUGCCCGUCCAUGCUGCUGCUCUGAUGCAUGCUGUCAUUACCCAUGUAAAACAGCUGGAUGUCGCCAUCUUUAAAAACAAAAAGGAACCUGAUCAGGAUGAGAAAGAGUUUGUCUUACUGGAUGGAGAACUGGUGGCUCGAACAGUAUUUAACAAAUUGCUUGAGGUCUGCUCUGACUGGAUAAGAGAACCACUAUUGCCACAAUUACCAAAGCAGUAUUUAAAAGUUUCCACUCAUGCUAUUCGUAACACACGAAGAAAGAUGGAAGACAGACAUGUGGUAUUGCUCGAGUUUAAUGCUCUGUUUGGCAUUAAGGAUGAGAAAGAGAGGGCGUACUUUGCUGUAUUUGAUGGGCAUGGUGGAGUAGAUGCAGCUGACUAUGCUGCAACACACCUUCAUGUCAUUCUUGCUCAUCAGGAAGAGUUUUCAACACAGCCAUCUGAAGCAUUAAGGAAAGCCUUCAAACAGACUGAUGAGACGUUUCUUCAGAGAGCCAAGAGAAAGAAACUAAGGAGUGGUACCACUGGUGUGACAGCCUUAAUUGCUGGCAAUACGUUGCAUGUGGCUUGGCUUGGAGAUUCGCAGGUGAUGAUGGUGCGACAGGGCCAAGCUGUGAACCUUAUGGACCCACACAAACCUGAGAAAACGGACGAGAAGCAAAGGAUUGAACAGCUUGGUGGAUGUGUAGUAUUUUUGGGAUGUUGGCGUGUAAACGGAAUACUUGCAGUCUCUAGGGCAAUUGGGGAUAUUGACCAAAAACCGUACAUUUCGGGGGACGCGGAUUGUGCCACGUUCAAACUGGAUGGCAGAGAAGACUACGUUAUUUUAGCCUGUGAUGGCUUCUUUGAUGGAAUUGAACCUUCCAAGGUUGUGCACAUUGUACAAGAGCACUUACUAGAAAACGCAGGUGAUGGCAGUUCUGUUGCAGAGACGCUUGUAGCAGCUGCAAAAGAAGGUGGAUCAAAUGACAACAUCACUGUGGUGGUGUUCUUUCUACAAGACCCACAGGUCAUUUUAAAGGACAGCCAAUCGCAAGUGGGCAGUGAGAAUGCCGGUCUGGACAGUAAGUGCCCCCAAGCCAAAGGAAACUCUGAAACAGUUAAUCUUCUCAAGUGAGGUUAAAGAUAGCCAGACAAAGGAUAUGACUUGCUGAUGGCUGACUAUCAUUUAGUUGUGAUCAUGAGAUCAUUUAACAGUGUUACAUUCAGGGAAUAUAUUUUACUCGGUGAUGCCAAAGAAUUGGAGGGAAAUGGCAUUGGUGUUAAAAUGCCCGCAUCUUGUCAAAGCUAUGCCUGCAGUGUGUAUAACAAUCUAUUUUAAUCUAAAGUCUCCUGUAUGACCUUUAAUAAAAGGUGUCUAAACUCAGUAAUUGAGGGUGCAAGAAGCUUCAACGGGGAAGGCGAGUGGUGGCCAAGAACAGCGGUCACGCCAUCGCACGUUUUCGUAAAUUCCAGGCUGAAAGGCUGGAUUUAAGCCUGGUAUUGCUUUGCUUUGACUUUUAUGGAGAACAUAUAAAUGGAAAGUGUUCCCUAAUCCUGUUCACCAGAAUGGAUGCUAGAAUAUUACGACAGUAUUUGGUCUGAUUUCAGACAUGAGCUAUGCCUAGAGGUUGGAACAUUGCUUUCAACUUCCUCCAAACCAACAAAAUUGUGCCAUUCGCACUACACCUGUUUCACAACCUCUUCUGUUGCAAGCUUUCCACAGCAACUAACCCAAAGUUUUGGGAGCAAGCUAUUUCAUUGGUUUAUGCUUUAAAAUUAAAUAAGAAGAUAUUUAAAGCUGAAAUCAGUGAUUGCAAGUAACAAUGCCAUGAAAGUUGGAUGACCAUUGGGGGAUAUUGUGAGAUUAUUUUUAUAUUAUCUGGAAGUCAUUAAUGUCCUGCAUUACAAAGCAUUUUAUUCCACUUUCUUUUACUUCUGUAAAUGAACCAUCGGUGAUUAAUAGAAAAAUUCACAAUGGGUUUUAUGUUUGGGCUAUUUUAGCCUGUCCCGUUUCUACCAUGCUGACCAAGUUCUGUGUGGUAAAAAUGCAAACUCAUCAUUUUUUCAAAAUUGUUUUUUCAUGUUUGCAAAGUUUUCAAGCACCCUUACGUACUGAUUUUCCUCAAGCGAAAAAAAAAAUACAGGUUGACAAUCUAGUGCCUUAUUCUGAUCUGUGUGUAGUACAAACUAUGCAAUAAUUUGUACUGUUCCACGGAUCCAUUGCAGACUGUUUAGUGCCUUAUGCAUCUCUGCACACCUAUGGCGAUGGUAUUUGUUGUGCACUGUAGCAUUGCUUCAUUGCCAUUUGUUGGGAGAGAAAAAUAUGAGAUGAUUUUAUUUAGGCAUUUUAUUUAAUGCUGAAUUUGUAAUGUUCAGUCUUCUGCUUGUGUUAAAGAAUAUAAACACAUGAAUGUAUUGUGGUUUUAAAUAAAAAUAACAACUGGAAUUGACCUGUUGUGGAAAUAUUAUGGUUUUCACAACAGUGUUCUAAUAGCUGAGUGGUCUUCGAUACUGUGCAUUUGAAAACUUUGCUCGCCCAGAAUUCUACAACCAACUGCCCUGAAUUUGCAUAACAUAAUAAGUAAUGUACACGAGUCCUCAAAAGCAUCUAGGACCCUCAAAUAUGGUUAUUUAAUAAAAUAUUAAAAGUCAAUGUGCAAAGAAGUUAAAUGCAUUCCCAACAAACUGGAUUAUCAAGUUUUAUUUGAAACUGGAAAAAAAUGAUAAUGGCGGAUGUUUAACCAGGAUUUGUUGAGAACUGAUGAUAAUUAUGUGUACACGUAGGGAUGAGGGCCAGUGGAUGCUAGUAGCCUCCAAUACUCUCCACUGCCCCACUACCAAGGUUGCCAUUUUCUAUGUGUUGACAUGUUGCUGUCUUUUGGGAACUACUGCUGCUGACUCUAUUCCCAACAAUUUCCAUCUUUUCAUCCUUGGACACUCAUGAGGGAAAUCUCAAAUGAUUCCAAGUAUUGCACCCAACAACAUAAGAUACAAAACGCUGGAGUAACUCAACGGGACAGGCAGCAUCUCUGGAGAGAAGGAAUGGGUGACAUUUCGGGUUGAGGCCCUUCUUCAAACUUCAGACCCUUCAUCAGUCUGAAGAAGGGUCUCAAUCCAAAACAGCAUCCAUUCCUUCUCACCAGCGAUGCUGCCUGUCCCGCUGAGUUACUCCAGCAUUUUGUGUCUAUCUUCUUUUUAAACCAGCAUCUGCAGUUCCUUCCUAAACAAAAGAUACAAAAUGCUGGAGUAACUCUGGGACUGGUAACAUCCCUGGAGAAUGUGGAAAGGCGGUUUUAUAGGUCGAAAUCCGUCCAUCAGGGAGUACAUUUAGCUGAUGUAAGAAUAGGAACAGGGAGAGAACAUUCAACCUCUCACACACGCUGUCCCAUAUUAGUGCUUCCUCUGUAAUUUAAUUUGGUUAGCUUUUCUUAUCUCGAUUUGUACAAUUUUAUCCAGAUAAUUUAUCCUUUUAGAUGAUGUCUAGGGUGUGCCCUCUGACCUUGUUUAGCAUCUCCAUGCUGUCAGACUAUUCACAAUAAGCGAACUUAUUUCAUUAGCUUUUCUUAUCUUGAUUAGUACAAAUUUACCCAGAUAACUUCAAUCUGUAGCAAUGUUUUGCAAUGUUUUUGCAAAAUUCAGCUGAUUAUGUUGCCCCAGAAACUAGAACGGAGGCAGGACUUUUAUGCAGAACAUGACCACAUAGUUUUGCAUUCCUACCUUGUGUCCGAUUAUCGAUCGCAGCUCCAAAGCUUCCAAUUCCAGCAGUUCAUCUUGCUUUAACUUGUUUUUGCUGAAGCUUUGUUGACUAAGAUUUGGAAACCUCAACAAUUUGUCUUUUUACAGCUAAUUCCAUCAUUGCAUAAUAGUUACUGGUCUGCAAUUAGCAUAUGUCACUUUUUAAACUUGAUAGCUUUUUUCAAAGGUAAAAAUAUCAUUUUUUUCUCAUUGCAUGAUUAUCACUUUUAAACGCCCCAUUCUGCUCACACAUUGACUGCAUUUUGUUAACCAUUUAUUCUCCCAAUUUUGUAAUAUUUAAUGAGUUUGCAAUUUUGUGCUUCUAGAUUAUUUUCCAAUGUAGAAAGGGGUUCGCUGGCAUUCUCCCCAACAUUCCUCUACGCUGUAACAUGAAUUCUCACUCCCACUGGUUCCAGUUUGAAUGCAGGCCCCACAUUCUGAGGAAUUGACAGGGAAAGUUGAUUAGAAGGGAACCUGUAGGUGUGGGACAUUUAAUUUCCCAACAGGCAUGCCUGUUAAUCUCCAUUUGCCAGAUUUUUGCCCAAUCACCCAUACUUCAAUCCCAUGCUAACAUUCUUCCGAUACCACGAGCUUUCAAUUUAUGCACCAACGUCGCAUGUGAGGAAGUAUGUCAGCAUGGGAUUGAAAACUGACAGUUUAGGUUUGUUUUCUUGAAAGAAAACAAAGAAUUGGGUUAAACAAAUUAUUUUCAGACUGGAGGACUGUGGCUUUUAGAAUACUCCAAGUUCUUGGCUCUUAAUUGCUUACUAUUUACAUUAAUGAUCUGAAGGAGGGAACAAAAAUGUAAGGUUGCCAAGAUGGCAGCAGUACGAAUGUAGGUAGAAGGGAAUGUUAUGAAGAAGAUGUUGUGAUUCUGCAACAGAUUAUGUAUUAAAUGAUAGGGCAAAAAUCUGGCAAAUGGAGAUUAAUGUGGGGAAGUGUGAGGUUGUGCACUUCAGUAAGAAGAAUGAAAAGGUGGAUUCUGAUCUAAAUGGAGAGAGACUGCAAAUGAGUGAAAUUCACAGAGAUCUAGGUGUUUUCGUGCAUGAAUCAUUAAAAUUAGCUGGAAGGACUAAAAAAGGCAAACAGCAUAUUGGCAAUUAUGAAGUGGUUGGAGUUUAAGAAUUGGUGCAUUCCUCAAAGUUUGGAAAGAUCGCCAUAAGGGAAUCUUAUUCAAACAUAAGAUCUUAAUACAACUUGACAGGGUAGAGACAGAGAGCCCUCGCAGGUAAGAGUCGUGAGUAAGGUGACACAGCUACCAAAUAACGGGCUGAUCAUUUAAAACUGAGGUGCACAGAAGAAUUGUCUCUUACAGAGUAAUGAACCUUUGGAAUUCCCUGCCCGUAGGGGUAAUGGAGGCCAGGUGAUCGAGAAUUGACGGUUAUGGGGAACUGAUGCAGAAGAGGAAAUGAGGCCAAGGUAGAUCAGCUAUGAUCAUACUGAAUGUUGAGGAUUAGCUUGAGGAUCCCAAUGGCCAACUAUUUUCUUGUGUUUUUGCAUAUUAAAUAUUUUUGGAUUUGCACCAGUUACGAUUCUGUACAAAGAAUUGCAGAUGCUGGUUUACACCAAAGAUCCACAAAGUACUCAUGUAACUUUCUGGUCAAGAGAAAAAGGAUGGGUAACGUUUCAGGUCAGAACCAUUUCAUUAUUCAACAUUUCUUUCACCUAGGGGAUCCCACCACUAAUCACAUCUUCCCAGCUCCACCCCCUUUCUGUCUUCCGCAGAGAUCGCUCCCCCCACAACACCUUGGUUCACUCAUCCCUUCCCACCCUCUCCCCAGGUACCUUCCCCUGCAACCGCAGGAGAUGCAACCCUGUUCUUACACUUCACUCGAGUCCAUCCAGGGACCCCAACAGUCCUUUCAGAUGAGGCAGAGGUUCACAUGUACUUCUAACCUCAUCUACUGCCGCCAGUGUUCCCGGUGGGCUGCUGUAUAUCGACGAGAGCAAGUAUAGACGCAGCGACCAUUUUGCUGAACACUUGCGCCCAGACGGGAUCUCCUGGUUGACAACCAUUUCAACUCCCCUUCCCAUUCUCAUAUUGACUUUUCUGUCAUGGGCCUCUAUUGCCGGAAUGAGGCCGCACAUAAAUUGGAGGUAUAUUUUGCUUGAGAAGCUUACAACCCAACGCUAUGAACGAUGAUUUCUCUAAUUUUAAGUCAUUUCUGCCUUCAAUCAUUCCCCCUCCCCCCUUGGCCCCUUCAUCCAUGCUAGUCGUUUCACCACAUUGUAUUUCUUUUAAAUUAAAAAACUUUACCCGUCCUUUUUGUCCAGACACGCUGCCUGACCAUCUGAGUUACUCCACUACUUUGUGUCCAUCUUUGAGAUUCUGUACAUCCUGAAUCCCUUUAGUUUGUUUACAUGCAUGCCAUCAUAUUGGGUAAUUAAGAGAAAAUUGUAGGUAAAAAACUUAAAUGGCCUACAGCUGAUAAAGAGCCUUCUCUAUGACAUAGCUCUGGCAUAUCUGAUUCUUUUUACAGGGCUGAGUUAUGCAUUUAAGAACAUCCUGCAUAAACUGGUGCACAAACGCUGAAUAAUGGGUGUUGGGGACAUUAUGAUCGCAGCAAGAUCUGAGUGCUUUUAUUCUCCUUUUAAUUGUGGAUUUGUUUUGUCAUUUUGCUCUGAUAAACACAUAGUCUAUGAAACGGUUCUCUGUUCUUGUAUCCUGUGGCAUUCUAUCAACUCAUUUGUCAGUCAAAUAUGUUGCCAUUGACUUUUUAUGUUAGAAUAAAACCACAUAAUUGUUUAAUGUUGUACCUGAUGCUGGUCAGUUUAAUUUCCGAUUACCAAUUCUCAGAGAAGAUAAUUAUUUUCUUAUCGAUACUAACCGUUGCAAUUUAUAUCUGUGCACCAUUAUGUGGCUUACUAAUGUUUAUUACACUGUAUUUUGGAAUGGCAGAACUGCUGCCUGUGUAUACUUCAAGUGUUUCAUUCUGCUGUUUCUUGCACAUUUAUUUGCAUUUUUGAUGUAACCAUAAAACUUUAAAGCUAAGUAUAUUAUUUAUUCCCAUUGCUUGAUAUGCACAUGUAUUUGUUUUAAGUAAUCCUGAAACUUACUGAUGCUUGAUGUGGUUAUGUGCAGAUUGCAGAAAGGUCAAUAUAUGCAGCUAGAGUCCUGGAUGUCAUCCUGUGUGCUACCAUGAGAAUUGCUUUUACUUAUCAGCCAAAUGUUUUGUGGUGUUCGACAUGUUACAUUGUUAGCAAUUAACGUUCUGAGGAAAGUGUGGUAGAAGUAAUCUUAGUAGUGAGUUGCUAUAGUCCAUCCUGAGGUGGUUAUGUUCAUAAGGGCUAGGGAUAGAAAAUUCAGUGGCAGAGAUGAUCAUUAAACAAAAUGCUUUUCCUGGAUGGUUUUGAGCUGACUAAAUAUUUUUAGGUGCACUGAACAUUCUUUCAGGAACUGCACAAAAUACUAAAGUCCCAGGUUUGCAAUAUCUGUCUUUAUGCCGCACGGCCUUUAAAUGUCAAAGAAAGUUUGCGUUUGCAAGUGAGAACAGAUGAAGCUUUAGAAGAAAAAAAUAAAAUGUAUGUUUCAAAACAACUUUAAGCUCACUCGACUUUGGUUAUCAAUUUAAGUUUUUUAAAAUGUCAAAUUGAUUGUCAAACAGAUGUGUGGCCUCUUCUGAUCAUAGGAGAUGUGAUGUGCCAUGGACUGAUCUCUGUCUCAAUGUUUAUGAGCGACCUCACUCCUGCGGUAUUCGAUAAGAUCCCACCACACCUAAAUGUGAAUGCUUUGUCUCAAAUUUCAAGCAUGCCAAGACAGCCUCUGGGUUUUGACAUGCACAGGUUCUUGACAAGCCCGUGCUUGAACUGCAGGUUCAAGUUAUGAUGGUGAGCAUGAGUAUAGUUACAAGAAAGAACACACCCUAACAUUGCUAGGUAAAUGCAUUUCGGACAGUUGGAUUGUAACGGUAUAUUAUCCUUGAGACAGGGUAGACAAUUAUCCUAUCCUACCAAUUUUCUUUGGAUAGAUUUGCAUUUCUAAAUAUAGUAAUGAAUACAUAAUGUCCAUAGAAUUGCUCCUGUGCCAAAUUCAUUGUAUAAAUUGGUAAUGGCUCAUGGCAGGCUUAAUAUCACAUGCUUCCAAAAUAGGUUUGCAGUAAAAAAUCUUGUAAAUGUGCACUUCUACCUGGUAUCAAACAAAACAAAUGUCUUGGAGGCCAAUCAUUUUGCAGUUGACAACAGUUAUUAGCACACCCACACUUUGAAGGAGAAUUAGGACAAGUGUCUUCUUACUCAAGCAAAGGAUCAAACUCUCCUGUCAUUUCUUGUUUUUAUAAAUGAUCCAAUUAUAGUUUUAUCUGAUAACUAAGUGGAAAAAACGGUACACACAUAACUACUAAUGGUAAGGAUAUUGUUACCAUUAUCCCAUUUAAUGCAUCCCAUUAGUAAAUGAUAAUUGUAAUUGACAGCAACUAAUUCGAUUGAGCACAAUCUCAUCAGGUGGCAGGAAAGAAUGGAAGGAACAAAUAAAUCUAGAAUAACUGGUUAUUCUAUGGUGCUAUAGAUGGAUUCAUAAUAGAUUUUUAUUCUGUCAAAUCUUUUAAUUAUGGUUUAUGUUAAAAUACAUUCAUUUCGUAGGAAAAUACAUAACGUAUCCUUUUAGAUGAUGUCUAUGGUGUGCCUUUUGACCUUAUUAGCAUCUCCCUGCUGUCAGACUAUUCACAACAAGCGAGCUUAUUUCAGUAGCUUAGCUUGCAGUUUUUGCCAGGACUCCAGUGGUCUGUUUACCUUCUCAACACUGCACAAAACCAACAGGAACCAGUCUGUCAAAGAUGUCUCAAACAUCAUUCAUUGACAAUGCUGAAACAGUAUAAUACCUUACUAAGCUAUAAGUUUGAAACCAAAUUGUUUAGUUGCCUUAUUGUGGUUGGGUUUUCUUCUGAAACAAUUUUAUGUAUGCAGUGUUACUCUCAUAAUAAAACAAUUUUGCUAUAUUAA